AAGGAUAAAAUGAUUUUUUUUAAGCCCCGAAGAAACUAACUCCAUUACGUUUCUCUCGGCUAGAAGCAGCAAUUUUUUAAAAAAUCCAUAUCCGACCCCUAAUGGAGGUGAAGGGAUGAAACCAACGACGAUCGAUUGGAAAUUAAAUGGCCAAUCGAAUGACAUCGGCUUAAUUUUCUUUCGAGGAGAGGAAUGUUUUCUUUUUGAGUGCCUACCGCUAGCCCUCUCGCCGCCGAACUAUAUCUACUUGAAAAUUUUUUUGUUGAUAAUAAUUCAACGGAAAAAUUUGAAAACUCAAUUUUCUAUUUUGCCGUCUCAAUAACGACCAUAUAAAUUUUUUAUUUAAAUUAUUUUUACGGGAAUAAAACCUGGAAUGACCAGUCGAUUCCUAGAAGGGCUCGUGUUUUGUCUUGUUUUUGAAAACAUUGGCGACUCGACAUCAGUGGGCCUCAAAAAGAGAGGUAAUAUAGAGAGAAGUGACGAGAUUGAAUUAUAAACAAAACCCAUCGAGGUUUGAAUGUUUUUAACAAUUUUUAAAUCAGUUGAGAACUGUCUUUCGGCAGGGCUACAACUUUCCUCUAUUUCAGAGCCUCUUAAAUAUUACAAAGCGUUUCUGAUUGUGAGUUCCUUUUUUUUCUUUUGCAAAAUGGCAAAUAAAAUUUUAGCUCGUGAAGUGUGUGUGUACAAGGGUUGUGAUAUUACAUCGAGGGACCGUGAAGCCGGGAAAUUGUUCAGAUUUCCUUCCGACGAUAAACGACGCUCUGAGUGGAUUCAAAACUCAGGUUUUUAUAUUUUAUUGCGGAUCCUAAUCGUAUUUGUAUUUAUAAAUGUUUUUAUAACAUAUGAAUUCCAUGCUUUCGUUAGUGAAAAUGUGGAAGGUGAUCAGUUUUGAAGUUUGUGGGUCAACCCGAAAAUAAUCUUUAUUUUAAAGAUUUGUCAUUUCUUCAUUUUAAAAUUAAGAUGCGAUCAAAUAUUCCAGGAUACAUUAAAGAAUUGAAAACGCUGACGGGCCUAUUUUGAGGAUUUAGGGGAUAUCCUCUAAGAGGUCUGUUUUUUCGUGAUAUUAGGAUUUCCUUAACUGUCAUUUCGUCCAAUCAGCCCCCAGUUUUCCGGAUUAUGGGACACAUUUCAAUAUCCUAAUUUUUCCGGCACCAGCCAAAUUAUCAGAUUAUUUCCCGGUUGCCUGUCAAUUUUUUUUUUUUUUUGAUUUCAAGAAAUCAGAUAAAAAUACUUAGAAAAUACCUAUAAAAUUCUUCCGGGUUUUCUAAUAACAAAUUUAGUGACAUUAUAAUUUUUCGACGUCAGAACGAGCUCAAUGCAAUGAUGACAAUAAAAAAAUUGAGCUUAUAACUGGGGAAUAAUUAGAAGUAGACUCUUGACUGUCAGAUUGUUGAUGCUUAUUGCAAUUGGUGGAUCGGAAAAGUUAUGCUAAACAAAUCGAACGGGAAUAACAUCGGUAAAUAUAUUCCUUGCUAUAUUUAUUUGCUUUUUAAACAUCUUAAUCUAAUCGAGAGCCGUUGCGAUUCGCCGUAUCAGAAUUGUUUACGACGCCUAUAAUUUACCUUAACAAUUUCAAAAAAAAAUAGAAUAGAAAUAGGAGGCUAGACUAGAAGGCUGAACUCUUCACUGGACGACUGGAGAAUAGGCAGUUUUCACUUUCAGGCGAGGCUAAAUACCGAAUUUUGAUGCAUAUUAAACGUUUUAACAUUCUUUACCGAACAUACAAUAAUCGCGGCAUUUUUCUAAUGGUUGUAUCAAUUGUAAUGCAGGUAAUAUGAAGUUGCGAGAUUUGAAGAAGAAGUCGAUUUUACAAUAUGGGAGUUGGAGGCGGCAUUUUGCUGACAACUCAUUCCUCAAUGUAAAUAAGCAGGGGUUGAAGUGGAAUGCAGUACCAAUCUCCAACUGCAGAUAUGAACAGUCCCUCAAUCACAGACAUCAAUGAAUAACACUGAACCCGAGGUACAUACGAUGGAAUCUGAAUGUCCCUUCGUUUUAUCGACAAACUAUCCGGAGCAGGAUAAAUCCAUGCAUUCCAAUACUGCGUCUGUCGAUUUGGUUAGAGAAAAUGAGCAGUUGAGGAUUGCUAAUAGGAGGCAAAGGGAGGAAAACCAUGCUUUCACCACCAAAAGUGAAGAACGUGCCCUAAAAAUAAAAAAUAUGCAAUAUCAUGCGCGUCAAACGGAUAGGAAAAUUUCGCAAGCUGUAGCUAACGUCACAAUUGAUGAUUUAUUGGCAUCUCAUGAUCCGCCGCUGCAUCCAACAGCGGAAACAAUGGUGAGGUUACAAUUUCAUAAACCAAAUACUCCUUACACCCCGGAGGAACAGGAUUUAGCGAAACAAUUCCAAUAUCAUUCGGCUUCUGCUUUUGCUCGGAUGCGCAAGGCAGGAUUAGUUCUGCCAGGGGAAACUACCGUUCGUUCGUGGGUAGCUGAAUACGAUAUUACUCCAGGAUUCUGCCCUGUGAUUUUUGAAAAACUGAAGGAAAAAAUGGCCCUUUUAAGUCCAUUAAAGAGGAAAUGUAGUAUUGCUAUCGAUGAAAUGGGCAUAAAAGCUUGGGAGGAGUACUCGAUCAAAUUUGAUGGCAUUGAAGGCCUGGUAGACCUUGGACCUUUAGGGCGACGGGAUCAAAGGGCACACAUUGUAUUCAUCUUUAGUCUGACCAGCCUGAACUGUAAGGAUAAAUGGCGCCAAGCUGUGGCUUACUUUUACACGCUGAAGGGGGGAAUUUCAGCGAGCGAAAUCAACGUUUUGCUGAAGGAAUGCCUUCACCGAUUAAAAGAGUCGAAUGUACAAGUACAACUGAUCGUGUGCGAUCAAGGACCUUCGAAUCAGAAGCUCUAUUCUGAAAUUCUGCAGGUGAAUAUCGACAAAGCGUCGAUUGUCAUCAACGAAGAGAGUUAUUUCGUUUCAUUUGAUUUUCCACAUCUAAUCAAGAGGAUUGUAACUGCAUUGAGGAAUCACGGAGGAAUUUGGAAGGAUGAAACCAAGAUUGUCUGCUGGAAUGACUUCGUGCAGUCAUAUGAGUUCGACAAAACUUUGGGGACAUCCAAUCUCCUGAGUCAUAUUUCUGAUAUUCAUAUGGCUCCCAAUAAUUUUCAGUCAAUGAAUGUCAAACGAGCGUUUCAAAUCUUCAGAGCUAGAUACGCUCAAGCAAUUCGGUUGUGGGGUUAUUCGAUGAAGACUGCAGCGGGACACAACUUCGCAUCAAGCACGUGGGAGGCUACAGCUCAAUUUGUGGAAAAAAUGAAUAACAUUAUUGAUGCAUGUAACUCGAUGGGCAUGAUCGAUCGAAAUCCCAAUAGAAGACCAUUCUCUCCGGAUAAUCCCCAAAUAGAAGAACUCAUUCGGGACAUGAUUCAAUGGUCCAAAACGUGGAGGAUCCCUCAGAAGAGAGGUUUUACAAUUCUGCCUAGUUUUUACGGUUUGCAACUAGCUGGCAAUGCUCUACUAGGAGUCUACAACUCAGUGUCCCAGGAAUAUCCAAACUUCAAGUUCGCAACUGCACGAGGCAAUCAAGACGGGACGGAACAUUGGUUUGGACUUCUUCGUGCUCAAAACGGUAAUUGCCAAAACCCACCAGCGCGAAUGGUACGACUCUCCACAAGGCAUGUUUUGGCCAUGAACGAUGUCAACAUUGGAGAAAAAGGGAAUGUUUCAUGCGAAGUAUCUACGAACCAUUCACGUGAAAUGAACGAUGAGGAUAAAGAUGAUAAUCGGGAGGGAAUCUCUGAGGUUGCCGAAAUCAUUUUCACCUUGGAACAUAAUCGAGACGGAAAUGACACAGCUGAAGAGCCAAUGUCAUUUUAUAAAAUGAACGCAGUCGCCUUCUUCGCCGGCUAUAUAGCCUUUAAAACUGUGGGGAAGUGUCAGGCAUGCAAGGUAGAUAUGACUAAGUCACCUAUGGAUGCUCGCUGUGAAAGUGAGCUGUACAUCGAAUUCCGCGAGUACGAAAACGUUGACGAAGAUGCUCCACCAGUUACCAAACUCACUCGUCCUACUGAUCGUUUUACGAAGAUCGUCCAGUUGCAACUGCGAGCCUUUGAUAACAUUUGGAAGAAGCACUGGGCAUCAACAUCGGUACUUAAAAGCAUUGCUGGAGAUAUAAUUAAAUCCCUUCAACUGACUGCCCCAGACUGGUUUAAUCAGAAUCAUCCGUGCUGCAUCGUAUAACAGUUAUGGAAUUCAUGAUAAGAGUUAAAAUUUAUAACAGGUUGGUACUCCUUGAGAUUUCUUCAAGUUAGGUAUCGUAAGAAACUAACAUUUAAAUAAAAUAGAAAAGUAGAUAAGAAGAAGACAAUGGGAAAAAAGAACGUAAAGAAAUUACUUCAGACAUUUUAUAAGAUGCAUUAUUUUAUUCUCAAAAUCAUCACAAACUUCUAGUCUUCGUUGAACACAUGGUUUUCUUACUUUAAAUAAACAGUCUUUUUUUCUAUUACAUACUUAAUAUUUGAUAUUUUCACGCGCCUUCUGCCAGAGCUGGGAUGUUGAGAUCGUUGUCGGCCGUGUUGAUAAACUGAAAAAACGAGGGAGGAUGCGUUCACCAAUACUUCACUGCACUGUACGCUGGUGUCUAGGGUCUCUAGAUCGCCAUCGUCUUACUAGCGAAUGGCCAAUCACGAUUAGGUAUUACACUACAGUACACUACACUGCGCGCUGCCAACUGAGCGGCUCAAGUGUCAC